AUGUCAUCUGUGAUGGGCUCACCCAUAGUGUAUGAAAGAUCACUGGUAACGCUCAAGUCAUCUGCUGCCUUUGAGUCCAAUACAUCUUCACCAUCUGUUCCUCGUAAGGUUCUCCAACUCUUGCGUCUCUUGCAAAUCAACAACGGUGUCUUUGUCCGUUUGAACAAGGCUACCUCCGAGAUGCUUCAAUUGGUUCAACCUUAUGUCACCUACGGUUCUCCCAACUUGAAGACCAUCCGUGAAUUGAUCUACAAGCGUGGAUAUGCCAAGCUUAACGGUCAACGUAUCCCUAUUCAUGACAACGCUGUCAUCGAACAAGCUCUCGGCAAGUACGGUAUCAUCUGUGUUGAAGACCUCAUCCACGAAAUCGCCACUGUCGGUCCUCACUUCAAGGAAGCCAACAACUUCCUCUGGCCCUUCAAGCUCUCCAACCCCAACAACAUGUGGAAGCGCAGAAAGUUCCGUCACUUCAUUGAAGGUGGUGAUGCUGGUAACCGUGAACACUUCAUCAACAACUUGGUUCAAGCCAUGAACUAA